AUGAGAAGUGACGGCGAGCAGGAGCAGCUGUUUGGAGGAUCUAAUGAAGCUAACAUCCUGAAGAUAAACCUGGAGUCCACGGACGCUACUCUGAUGUUUCUGCACUUCGUAGAACGCAGGACGAGAUCGACGCCUGGCAACGGUCCCCCUGGCAACGGUGGCCCGGCAACGCUGCCAGCUCUGAGUCACAUCCAGCCGAGGCGGCGCUGGUUCUGGGCUGCACAAACAGGAACCAGGAGGCUUACAGGGCUUAGAGAGGAGCCCCGAGGCAGGAACUCUGCUGUGGAGGACAGGAACGUUUACCUCCAGCUAGCGAUGUCUGUGUUGGUUCUCUGGUUCUGGGUUUGGGCCGUCCUCGCUGCUCAGACAGGUUCUAAGUGUGGCGUUCCUCAGGUGUUCAGCUCUACACUUCUGAGGGUCGUUGGAGGAACCGAAGCCUCGUAUGGAUCCCACCCCUGGCUGGUUUCUCUGCAGAACAAAGGUUCUCAUUUCUGUGGAGGCUCCAUCCUGACAGAGCGCUGGAUCCUCACAGCCGCUCACUGUUUCACGUCUCUAUCCCAAGAGUUCCUCAGCGCCGUCAGAGUCGUGGUCGGAGAGUUUGAUCGGAGGAAACAGGACGAAGACGAGCAGAUCUUCCUCAUCAAGUCGGUGUUGGUCCACGAGAAGUUCAGCCACGUUCUACCAAUGCAGUUCGAUGUCGCUCUGCUGCAGCUGGACGGAAGCAUUAGCAUGGGCAGGUUUAUGUUCUGGUUAGAUUAAAGGACGGUUAACAAAGUUUACAGCGCUGAUGUUUGUCUUUUUCUACAGGAAGUCAUGUCCAACCGAUCUGUUUACCUUUACCUGACGAGAACAUCCAGACCAGCUGCUCUGUGGGAGGUUGGGGGAGAACCAGGGAAAGUAUGGAGUCUUCUACCAGAUAUAGAGAAAAAUCAACUAGUUCUCCAUCAGAACAUCUGGUUCUUCAUCUCCAGUAACUUUAUCAAUGAUCAGAGUUCUACCUUCAGACUGGGAAUAUUUCCAGAGUUCCAGGUCCUUGAAGUCCAUACAGGAGAACGUUCCCUGUAGAAAGUUCUAGAGUACCGACAACUGUCCAGUUGUCGGUAGGUCUACUCUAUAACUUUCUCCAGGUGUCGGUAGGUCUACUCUAGAAGUUUCUCCAGGUGUCGGUAGGUCUACUCUAGAACUUUCUGCAGGGGACGUUCUCCUUUCUUGCUUCCAGUCUUUAAGUUUAGUCUCACUUAGAACAUUCAGAACUGGAGACUUCCAGGUCCUUGAAGUCCAUAGAGGUGGGUCCAGAAAGACUAGAAAACUGUACAAAACAGCGGAAAUUCAUCAAAAAUGCUUCAAAACUUUCCCUAAAUUACUCAAAACUUGACCAAAAUGACUGAAAACGUUUCCAAACCUUUCUUCAAUUAGUAAAAAACUAACAAAAAUGUCAUAAAAGUUGUCCAAAAUGACACAAACCUGCCAGAAAUUACUCAGAAAAAUAAUCAAAAUGUCAUAAAAAUUGUCCAGAAUUACAGGAAUAUUGUUCCAAAUGCCUCUAAAUUUGUGCAAAAUAACAAAACUUGUCGGAAAUUUUUUUUUUUUUUAAAUAUUUCAAAAUGUCAUAAAAAUUGUCCAAAAUGACAUGAAUAUUGGUCCAAAUUUCUCUAAAGUUGUCCAAAAUGACAGAAACGUUGCCCUUUGUUCAGGUUUGGUUCCUCUGUUUUCCAGGAGGUCGUCUUCCGCCGGUGCUCAGGGAGGUCCAGCUGGAUUUGGUGGAUCCGGCUAAAUGUAAAUUUGUCCUCCAGACUGUGAAAAGUUCAGCUCUGAACCAGAAACUAGUCCGAUCCCAACCGGCCAUGACUGUCCUGUGUGCCGGACCAGAGCGAGGAGGAAAAGAUGCCUGUCAGGGGGACUCUGGAGGUCCUCUGGUCUGUCCUGCCGGGACUGGAUCUGGUCGCUGGGUGGUUCUGGGCGUCACCUCCUGGGGUAAAGGCUGUGGACGGAGCUGGGGGGACAACAGUAGCCGUCCCCCCUCCAGGAGAGGAUCUCCAGGGGUUUUCACCGAUGUCCAGCUGCUGCUGCCCUGGAUCAAGAUGAAGCUGAGGAACGGUAGGUCCAGAUGGAGGUUCUGGUUCUAUCUGGUUCUACGAGACAGAACUGGAUCAA